UCACCGUCGACAGAGGGAGCGCAGAUUCCCGUGUACAGUCGAUGGUUCUUAGAUUUUUCAAGAUGUCGUCGCUUGAACAGAGACUCUCCCGAAUCGAGGAGAAACUAAAACAGGAGAAUAAAGAAGCUCGGAGACGAAUCGACCUCAGCAUCGACAUGAGUCCUCAGCGUUCGCGUCAGAGGCCAAUCAUCGUGAUCCAGCUCAGUCCUGCUCCAGCCCCUUCCCAGCGUGCAGCUCUGCAGCUCCCCCUGGCCAACGACGGCGGCAGCCGCUCCUCGUCAUCGGAGAACUCGCCCCAGCACCACUCCUACCCCAGCCGCCCCCGAAACAUGCUGACCCUGCCCACGCCCCCCUACUGCCUGCAGAAGAGCCUGGAGAAUGCGGAGAUUGACCAGAAGCUGCAGGAGAUCAUGAAGCAGACCGGAUAUCUUAAGAUUGAUGGACAGCGGUACCCAGCGGAGGUGAGUGACCUGAUUAAUGAGGAGGAGAUUGGCAGUGGCACCUGCGGCCAGGUCUUCAAAGUGCGCUUCAAGAAGACCGGACACGUCAUCGCCGUCAAGCAAAUGCGAAGGACAGGCAACAAGGACGAGAACAAGAGGAUCCUGAUGGAUCUGGACGUGGUCCUGAAGAGUCACGACUGUCCCUAUAUCAUACAGUGCUACGGCGCCAUAGUCACCAAUACGGACGUGUUCAUCGCCAUGGAGCUGAUGGGAACGUGUGCGGAGAAGCUGAAGAAGAGGAUCCAGGGCCCCAUUCCCGAGCGCAUCCUGGGGAAGAUGACCGUGGCGAUAGUGAAAGCGCUGCUGUACCUGAAGGAGAAGCACGGGGUGAUCCACCGGGACGUGAAGCCCUCCAACAUCCUGCUGGACGACAAGGGCCAGAUCAAGCUGUGCGACUUCGGCAUCAGCGGCCGGCUCGUCGACUCCAAGGCCAAGACCCGCAGCGCGGGGUGUGCUGCGUACAUGGCUCCUGAGAGAAUAGACCCGCCUGACCCCAGCAAGCCUGACUAUGACAUCAGAGCGGACGUGUGGAGCCUGGGCAUCUCUCUGGUGGAGCUGGCCACGGGGCAGUUCCCCUACAAGAACUGUAAGACAGAUUUCGAGGUCCUGACCAAAGUGCUUCAGGAGGACCCUCCCCUGCUCCCGCUGAGCAUGGGCUUCUCCCUCGACUUCCAGUCCUUCGUCAAAGACUGCCUCACAAAGGAUCACAGAAAAAGGCCAAAAUACCACAAGCUGCUCGAGCACAGCUUCAUCCGGCGCUACGAGGUGCUGGAGGUGGACGUGGCGGGCUGGUUCCAGGGCGUGAUGGAGCGCACCGAGUCGCCGCGGAGCAGCCAGUGUUACACCCAGCAUCAUCUCCACUCCCUCUUCAGCAGGUAGCCAGAGACAGGGAGAGAGAGAGGGAGAGAGAGAGACGCGCCCGCCCGCACGACCUGGCCCACACCCAGACUGAGGGGGAGG